GCCAUUUUGAUAAAAAUUCCUAUUUCCUCAUUCCUCGCUCCUGCAAGCACCUCCACACUGGAAGAGAAACUCAUCGAUCAUCAAUGGGAACGUCAGUGCAGGUGAAGCCAUUGUGUGGAGUGUACAAUGAAAACCCUCUCUCGUAUCUUGUCUCCGUUGAUGGCUUUAACUUCCUUAUUGAUUGUGGUUGGAACGACCACUUCGAUACCUCCCUUCUUCAACCCCUGUCCAGAGUAGCAUCAACAGUGGAUGCCGUGCUGCUCUCAUAUCCAGACACGCUCCACCUUGGUGCCCUACCAUAUGCCAUGAAACAGUUUGGAUUAGCCGCGCCUGUUUAUGCCACUGAACCUGUUUAUAGAUUAGGAUUUCUAACUAUGUAUGACCAAUAUCUAUCGAGGAAGCAAUCAUCAGAUUUUGGUUUGUUUACUCUGGAUGAUGUCGACCAUGCAUUCCAAAAUGUCACCCGGUUAACGUACUCUCAAAACUAUCAUAUGUCAGGGAAAGGUGAAGGAAUUGUCAUUGCUCCACAUGUAGCUGGUCAUCUCCUAGGUGGUACUGUCUGGAAGAUAACAAAAGAUGGGGAAGAUGUUAUAUAUGCUGUGGACUUCAAUCAUCGCAAAGAAAGACAUUUAAAUGGAACCAUUUUAGAAUCUUUUGUUCGGCCUGCUGUUCUAAUCACUGAUGCAUAUAAUGCUUUGAGCAAUCAGCCAUCAAGACGCCAGAGGGAUCAAGAAUUUCUUGACAUCAUUGAGAAAACUCUAAAUGCUGGUGGAAAAGUAUUACUACCGGUAGAUACUGCUGGUAGAGUAUUGGAGCUUCUUUUGUUGCUAGAACAGCACUGGAAUCACAAGGGCUUGAGCUAUUCUGUGUUUUUUCUCACAUAUGUUGCAUCAAGUACAAUUGACUUUGUUAAGAGCUUCCUUGAGUGGAUGAGUGAUUCAAUAGCCAAGUCUUUUGAGGACACACGAGAUAAUGCUUUUCUUUUGAAGCAUAUCACACUUUUGAUAAACAGUAGUGAGCUUGAGAAGUUACCAGAAGGUCCUAAGGUUGUUCUGGCAUCCAUGGCUAGCCUAGAAGCUGGAUUUUCUCAUGACAUAUUUGCUGAAUGGGCCACUGAUACAAGGAAUCUUGUUUUGUUCACUGAAAGAGGACAGUUUGGAACACUUGCACGCAUGCUACAAUCUGAUCCGCCUCCUAAAGCGGUUAAAGUUAUCAUGUCCAAGAGAAUACCUUUGGUUGGAGAGGAGCUAGCUGCUUAUGAGGCAGAACAAACUAGGAUAAAGGAGGAAGCUCUAAAAGCCAGUAUGAUUAAGGAUGAAAAAUCAAAAGCAUCUCUUGGGGCUGACCUUACCACGAGUGACCCCAUGGUCAUUGACUCAUCUAUUGUCACACAUAUGCCUUCAAACACUACCAGUAGACAUGUUGGUGCUUUUAAGGAUGUAUUUAUUGAUGGGUUUGCUCCCCCUUCUUCUAGUGUCGCACCAAUAUUCCCCUGCUAUGAUAACUCAUCAGAUUGGGAUGAUUUUGGCGAAGUCAUCAAUCCUGAUGAUUAUGUGAGCAAGGAUGAACAUAUGGAGCCAUCAUUGGUUGAUGGAAAUCUUCUAGGAAAAUUGGAUGAAGGAUCUGCUAGCCUGAUAUUUGAUACUACUCCAUCAAAAGUUGAAUCAUCUGAGCUAACAGUCCCAGUGAAAUGUUCCUUGGUUUACAUGGAUUUUGAAGGCAGAUCCGAUGGUCGUUCAAUCAAAUCAAUUCUCGCCCAUGUCGCUCCGUUAAAGCUUGUUUUGGUACAUGGUACAGCCGAAGCAACGGAGCAUCUGAAACAACAUUGUCUCAAGCAUGUGUGCACACAUGUCUAUGCCCCCCAAAUUGAAGAAACAAUUGAUGUCACUUCAGAUUUGUGCGCAUAUAAGGUCCAACUUUCAGAGAAGUUAAUGAGCAAUGUGCUUUUUAAGAAGCUUGGAGACUACGAAAUAGCAUGGGUUGAUGCUGAAGUGGGGAAGACGGAGACUGGCGUGUUGUCUUUACUCCCCCUAUCGCAUCCUGCUCCACCACAUAAAACAGUACUUGUUGGAGACCUGAAAUUGUCAGAUUUCAAGCAGUUUCUUGCGAACAAGGGUAUACAGGUAGAAUUUGCAGGUGGAGCCUUAAGGUGUGGGGAGUACGUAACCCUGCGAAAAAUAGGAGAUGCAAGCCAAAGGGGUGCUGCUGCUGCUGCUACUCAACAGAUCGUUCUUGAGGGUCCACUCUCUGAAGAAUAUUAUACAAUUCGGGAGUGUUUAUAUUCACAAUUUUAUUCCCUUUAAUCUGAGGAAUUAGCUCCUGCUGCUGCUGACUGUGAAGUGUACCGCUUCUAAGCAUUGUUGUAUUCACCGUUUUUUAUUUAUGACAAUCCGAU